AUGCAUUACUAUUUCUAUUUACUUCUUAUUCCAAUUAUUUAUGCAAACGAUUGUGAAGAAAUUUGUAAUAUAACAUUAAGUGUUAUGGAAAAUACACCAACAGAGCGAUUACAAUGGAAUUUAAUGGAUUUAAUUUAUAAUCGAACAUUAUCGUUUGAAAAUUUUCAAUUUUCAUUAUCAAAUCCAUCAGAUUAUUUCGAAAUUGAAUCAAAAAUUUUAAAAUUUCGUUUAACAGAAUUAGAUCGUGAGACAAUUUGUAAGAAAAGUUUCUUAAAUGAUGAAUGUUCGUUACAAUUACAAAUAUUUACGCAAACAUCGUUUUUAAUUAUAUUUAAAAUGAUUAUCUUAGAUGAGAAUGAUUGGAAACCUUUCUUUAAUCAAGACUAUAUUCAUUUAAAUAUACGAGAAAAUCUGUCAACUUAUCAUCGGAUUCAAUUACCUAGCGCCUACGAUGACGAUUCGAUCCAGUAUGAUAUUGAUUAUUAUGAAAUUUUUAAUAAUACCGAUGAAAUAGAAAAUAUAUUUCAAUUAGAAAGAUCUCAUGAUGAAUUAAAAUUAAAAUUAUUAAAAAAAUUAAAUUGUGAAUUGAAAAAUAAUUAUCAGUUAUAUAUUAUUGCCAUAGACAAAGGUGGUUUGAAAUCUAAUAUUCUACAUGUUAAUAUUACUGUAGGAGAUUUAAACGAAUAUCAACCACGUUUUAGUCAACGAUUUUAUCAUAAACGUAUACCAGAAAAUAUUCCGAUAACAAAUUCUUCGUCAUCUUCAAUACUUCAAAUAAUUGCAACAGACGAUGAUUGUUCUGAUGAAACAAUUCUUUAUUCGAUUCAGAAUAAUGAUAUUCCCAAAGAUUUAUUUCCAUUUGAAAUAGACAAAUAUACUGGUUUAAUUCGAGUUAAACAACAACUUGAUUAUGAAACAAUGCAAACAUAUCGUUUUCGUGUUCGAGCAUCAAAUCUCGAUGGAAUAACAUCGAGCAUGGUACCGAUUAUCAUUGAUAUAUUAGAUAUCAAUGAUAAUCGUCCAUCAAUACAAAUAAAUAUUCUUAAUGAAUAUAAAUUCAAGGAAAACAAUGAUAAUUUUUUCAUUCAUAUCAAUGAAAAUAUUCGUUUAGGACAAGUGAUCGGUACUAUUUUAAUACGUGACGUAGAUUCAACAAUGACUAAUCAUCAUUUAUCAUUAAAAAUUCUUUCAUGUUUACCAUCGACACUAUCGUGUCCGAUUGAAUUAGAUUCCGGAAUGAAAAAUAGUUCACUUAGUUCAACUACUUAUCUCAUACGAACAUCGAGACUAUUGGAUAGAGAAAUAGGUGAUGAAAAUUUUAUGAUCAUGCUUGAAGCAAGAGAUUAUGGAAAUCCAUCAUUGAAUAGUCAACGUCAUUUUGUAGUGAAUAUCGAUGAUGAAAAUGAUUGUGCACCAAAAUUCACACAAUUAAAUUAUCAAUUUCGAUUACCUAAUCUAUCGCCAAGUGGCUUUUUUAUUGGUCAAGUUCAUGCUUAUGAUAAUGAUUAUUCACCAAACUUUCGUCUCGUUAAAUAUCAAUUUUUAGAAGAUGAUUUUCAGGAUAUCAUUAAUAUUGAUGUUAAUAAUGGAAGUCUAUUUUUAGUCACUCCAUUAUUAACAGAGAUGACACUUAAUAUAACUGUCAGGGCUACUGAUCAACUUAAUAAUUCAUUAUAUGACCAAGCUAAUAUUCAGAUCCAACUGCUUGAUGGAACAAAAUGUUUACCGAUAUUUCGCCAAGCAGUCUAUGUGUUUAAUACAACUGAACAUCAAAUAAUACCUUAUGAAAUAGGCCGAGUUAAUAUUGAUAGCUGCCUUAUGGCAUCAAUAACAAUUAAUUAUCAUCUGGCCAAUGAAAAUUUAUUAUCAACAUUUCCAUUUUCAAUGGAUACUCAUACUGGUAUUAUAAAAGUUAUUCGUGAAUUAGACCGAGAAAUCAGAUCAUUCUAUAAAUUUCGCAUUCGUUCAUUUCAUUCGAAAACUCAAGAAUCAAGUGAAGCAGAAAUUCAUAUAAAUAUUCUUGAUGAUAAUGAUCAUUAUCCUGUAUUUGAUCAUGUACAUGAAGAAUAUGUUUAUAUAUCGACACAUCAUCAACAAACUAAUAGAAUAUUUAUUUCACAUAUUCAUGCUACAGAUGCUGACGUAGACUUAAAUGGUGUUGUUAAUUAUUAUUUUACAAAUAAGAACCAUUAUGAACAUUUUCAUUUAUAUCCGAAUGGUUCUAUUGUCUUAUAUAAUCUAAAUGAUAUUCAUUUACCAAUUCGUCUUGAAAUCUACGCACGUGAUCAAGGUUAUCCAAGACCAUUAAACUCCAAAGAAAGCAUUUUUAUUUAUGUAUGUGAUAUAUUUAAACGAAAUGAAUGUCCAAAAAAUCAAUUACCAAAUAAGUUGAGAAAAAAUGUUUAUAUUGGUUCAUUGUUCAUAAUGAUAUCUAUUGUUUUCACUUUAUUUAUUUUAAUCGUAUGCGUUCUGUGGAAUUUAUUUCUUAAAAAAAACUUUAAAAAAGAAGAAAAGAAUAAUUCCUGUAGUUAUCAAAUUGAAGCAAGAAAAAAUUUAAUUAUUUCCGACAGUCUUCGUGAUCUAUCACCAAUAAUUCGUGGAAAUCGUCGUUUGAAAUGUGUUGUGGUAUAA